GGGGGAAUGUCCGCAGUUGGCCAGAAACGACAGUCAAUAAAUAUGAAGCAGAUUCUCCUCAAAAAAUAACUUCUCAAUCUGAAGAAAAUGUUAUGGAAAACCUGCCGUCUGAGAUUCUGCUGAAGGUUCUGUCGUACCUGGACGUCUCCUCGCUGUCCUGCAUCAGCCACGUCAGCAGAACCUUCCACCGGCUCGCCGACGACAAUGUUCUAUGGCAAAAGAUUUACAUUUCAGACUUUGGGAGUCGAACCUGGAGGCCAAAGUCGGUGGCGUCUGAUGCGGCGCUGCAGGUCGACCAGGACCAGCACCAGGACCAGGACCAGGACCAGGACCAGGACCAGGAGGAUCGGGCGGCGGGCUACUGGAAGAAGAUGUACUUCAGGACUGUGGCUGGACAGGAUGUGAACAAUUGGAAGAGAGAGAGGAGAGACGUCAGCCCGUUAACCGGUUUACCUCUGAGGACAAGGAACCUGAACGUGAGCUGGGAGCUGAUGCUGUGUGGAGAACCGGGGCAGAAGAUCACGAUGCAGCCGAGCCGAGUGGACUUCUUCGAGUCCUCCGCCGUCCUCCACUUUAGUGGAGCGCACUUCCCCAGAUACCAUCGGAUCAGAAGCAUCUUGCUGCACGGAGUCCGGAAGGAGGCGCAGAGGAGCCCCAGAGCCGGGAGGCCCGGCUGGCGCUCUCUGAUCUUAAAGCUGGAGGUGAAGAAUCGGCCCAGCUGGUUCUUCGGCAAAGACAACCUCGUCAGAUUGAGGCAUUUCCUGCCCGGCGUCACCAUCGGCACCUGGAGGUGUGAAGACACGGUGGUCUUCAUCAUGGUCACGCUGCACUUCCACAAGCUGGUGGAGAGGAGUCUGCUGGGCUCUCCAGUGUGCCCGUACUCUGAGCCCGUGGACCUUCCACCUGCAGACCACUCGGACCCCGUGUUCGGUCUGCACGGCUACACGCUGCACUUUGUCCUCCACGACAACGCCAACAAGAUCAUGUCGGGGACCUUCAGCCAGCUCAGCUGUCGCACAGUUCCGGUGCAGGGCGGCCUGGUGGAGCUGAGGGUCAUCGACAGGUACAACUUGUCCCAGCACAGAUCGCUGUCUGGCGGCAUCAAGCUGCCGUGGAGCACCGACACCCUGGAGGGCUCCGUGGAGGUACGAGAACACACCACAGAAGAAGAACACACACUUCACACAAGGUGUGAGGGGGGGGGGGUUAAUGGGUCACAGGCUCCGCCCCUCAUGGUUGCUCCUCGCGUAGAACUGCUGCAUCAUGACGCUGACCCUGCUGGACGACUUCCAGAAGCCCUUUUGGUCCGUCAGCUCGUCCGUCUUCGUCGUCCCGGCCACGCGGCCGCUGUCGCCCGACUACGUCGGCGAGCACUUCCUGUUGCACUUCCGAGACCCCGAGGGUCAGCUGAGGAUGGAGCUGGUCCGGCUGACGGAGCAGAGGCAGUUCCUGGUCAUCGGCCUCGUCGUCAACCUGCCGGUCCUCAAGGUCAACAAGCGCUUCGGCCGAGCGUACUGAAGGCGGAGAACCUUCUGUUGGGAUGGGGGGGGGGGGUAAAAGAUAUUGAAUUAUAAGUUCAUGCUGUUUUAGAUGCAUUUGUCAGUUUGAGGGGUCCACAAAUACAGAAAAGCUUGUAAAAUCCUUUUAUAUUUAUAUUUUUGUUCACAAUGCAGGAAACGUGUCACUGUUUUUGUUUCUAUUACACUUGAAUAAUAUAUAUAUAUAUAUAUAUAUACAUUAAUUAGUGACUGGAUCCUGAAAAGGGCAUUUAAUGCCACAUUUUAUUUUGAAUUUUAGUAAUUUAUUUGAGUUUUUUGUACAAAAGCAAGUCUCAUUCUGGAAGAAUGGAAAUUAAGAUUAUUAAUUUAUUCAUGAGUUAAUUUUAAUUUGUUACCAAAAAAAGAAGCGUGUCACUAUUUGUUUUUGAAUCUUGUUGAAUAAAAGUUAAAAAGUAGUGCAAAUUGUAAUGUGUUCGAAGAGAUGAAUCAGACUCGAUAUUGAGUGUUUUUUUCUUCCAUUUUCUUUUCAUUUAAAGAAAACACACAAAAAUGGCAGAAUUUCAUGUGAAGAAUAAACUGCUUGUUAUAAUUUCUAUAAAUGGAAACAAAUUGUCCAUUUUAUUGCAACAAUAAGAAAAUAUUAAAGAUGUUUUUCUUUCUUUCAUCUUUCUUUGAGA